ACCUUUAUUUUGGAGAUUUCAGAGCGCUAUUGGUGCAUCGUGGCGCUGGCAACAUUACUAGUUACGAGCUGAAAUAUUCUGCGAGAACCCUAUCAACAUACUUUCUGCAAUCAGUAUCUUACUUAAAUAUUUUAUUGAAACCCCAUGAUGGAUGCAAUAUACACCCAAGGCAUCUUGAUAGCUGAAACUCUUCAGCAAAAAACGAAGAGUCAAGAAAAGCUUUGGCUGAUUGCCACUCACCUCGGGGACCCUAAAGCUGCCUUCCUUCUCAUCUUUCCAUUGGCAUAUUUUCUCAGCAAAAAGACUGGAGUGGCUAUUGUCUGGGUAGCAGCUAUAACUGAGUGGUUAAAUUUGAUAUUUAAAUGGAUGCUCUUUGGGGAGAGACCUUUUUGGUGGAUUGGAGAAUCACAUUUAUAUGAAAAUAACCCUCCCAAGGUCAAUCAGUUCGCCUCAACUUGUGAAACAGGUCCAGGCAGUCCAUCUGGCCAUGCUAUGGUUACCGCGGCAGUCUGGUGGGUGAUGGUUUCCUCCUUGGGUUCACGUCUGUACUCCCGUACACACAGUGUGCUGAUAGCUGCAGUACCCUACCUGUUUUAUCUGCUCCUGUUGGUCGCAGUUGGACUUUCUCGUAUCUUCAUUCUGGCUCACUUUCCCCAUCAGGUCAUAGUUGGGUCUUUGACAGGCUUAAUUAUAGGAGUAAUUUUGAGCCGUACGGUUCCUGAACAUCGGCCUUUAAGGUUCUAUGUGUGCUGCAGUUUGGGCCUGCUCAUCGGUACUCUACUGUUCCACACAGCGCUAGGGCAGCUGGGGAUCGACCUAUCAUGGUCCAUUUCAUUGGCUAAGAAGUGGUGCUCCCAUCCUGAGUGGAUUCGGCUGGACACCGCCCCCUUCUCUUCACUCACACGUGACUGUGGUGCCAUUCUGGGUUUAGGCCUGGCCCAGCAUUGGAAGCCCGAAGGAUGGACUCUCCCCUGGGCCCCCAGAGCUCUGUGCCUGGCCCUCUCCUCCAUGGCUCUCUAUCAUGUCAACCGCCUGCCACUUCCCAUCCAGCCACAGCCUCUCUUCUACGGCCUCUUCUUUCUCAAAUUCAUCAUAGUGCCCCAGGUGGUCAUGGUCUUUAUACCUGGGUUGGUGCAACUGCUAACUGCCAAAAAAAAGAAGGAUUGAAAAUGAACCUCUGAGGACAAACUUGUAUUUUCAUGGACACUCCUAAAAGAGGUAGAUAAACAUGGACUUUCAAGACAGAACAGUUAAGUUAUUUUGAAUGACUUUCCUCCAGUGCAUCUAUUGAUGCAUGUGGGAAUUAAAUCUAUGCAUUGUAUGAUUCCUCUUCAUAUUGAAUACCACUCAUUGUAUUGCCUUCUUUGUAAUUGUUAUCAAAUGGGUAAAGUGGUUGUGGUAGUGUCGGAUUAAAACAGUGCCAUCAUCUGGUCAAACCAAGGUAAUUAUUUUAGUCAUAUUGUACUAUUUGAUGCUUGUAGAUACCAAAAAAGCUUACUCCAAGUGCUUUUAGUUUACAUAUGUUGUUAAAUUGCAUUAUUAACCUCAGAAGUAAAUAAAAUAACUGACAUGCCGGACAUGUUGGUAGCCAUUUAUAAAUAUGUUAUUCUUCAAUACAGGUCGACUGUACAGAUUACAAUGGUAUCAUGGAAUAGAAACACAUUCUUUUUAUUAUUGUUUUCAAUUAAACUUUUUGUCACAGCGCUCUGAAAGCCCACAUGUACAGACAAGAGAACUCUGCUUAGCAAGCAAAUACAUUGAAACAAAAUAAAAAAUAGAAAACUUC